AGGGCUGCACAGCAACUCAAAACAAUGCAAUUCCAAUUGGAGUGCAUCAAUUUAUAUUAUUCAUAUUAUAUCAAUAUAUCAAAAGAUAAUUAACUGCUCGAGUGUGCACAUAAAAAUAAUAUAAUUAAAAAAUAAAGAAUGUAUAAAACGAUGGCUGCCGUAACGUGCAUUGCCCUUUAAAGCAGCUAAAAUAUACGGGUAUAUUGCUAGUAGUCACUAAACACAGCUGCUGCAGCGGCGAUUUCUUUUGUUUAUUUAUCUUUUGCGCAAAAACAAACUAAAUUAAAGUUGUAGUGCAAUGGAUAUUAGCGCAGAUGUGACUGCUAUUGUAGGACAAGCACCGGAAUGGAAUUUUGCUGGUGAUUGUGCAUUGCUGGAGCUAAUGAAACGCAUUUCGCAGAAUCUGCAAGAGAGCAGCGAACGCACCACUCAAAAAUUUGAUGAAUUCGAGCGAAAUGUGCGACUUGCGGAUAUUGCAUUGGACAAUGCCACCAAUAGUUUGCGAUCGCUGCAGUUUGGCCAGCAGUUUGUCGAGUAUCGGGUGGAAGAGGUGGACGACGAUGACUUUGCCAUGCCCGAGGAGCAGAGCACGAAACCAGCAUUGCCGGCAAAAAGUAGCGAAGAGAUGGCCAGCGAAUUUCUGAACAACAAUCUGCAAAUGUUUCGCAAGAACUUUGAGCCACUGACAAUCGAAGUGCCCGACUCGGAUGACGAAGAAGAAUGCGCUGCAAAUCAAACCACCGUAUUUCGUGCCAAGAAUCCCUACGAUGCCAUUCCACUGCCUUAUAUUAUUGGCUCCAAGGAGUGGCAAGAGCAUAAAUACGCUGGACUUUAUGACAGUGCUGAGAACAGUGAAGAUGAGCAACCAGAGCAGUUCUCUUCCAGCUCCUCUGACGAACUGGAAAUUGUUGCUUCCAAAGCAAUACCUAAAGCUCUGGCCUCGGACUCUUCGUCGCUGUCAUCGCUGCCCAAGGAGCCGGUUAUGAAUGUGGUUGCUAAGCAAGCACCUCAUCCUUCUCCUCCGCAGCCAGCUGUGCGCACCAAGGCCCAGCCACGUCCUAUUAUCAGCAGUCAACGAAAUCCUCAUGAACGUGAUCUAUUCUCUGCCUUACGUGCUUCGCCCCCUAGCGAUGAUCCUCCUUCAACGUCUUCAUCGCUCAAUUCCUCGCCAGCUAUUUCGCAUAGAACUGCAGCUGUCGCUGGCUUGCCUCGCAAGGAUGCCUCGCUCAGCUCGAGCAGCAGCAGCGUAAGCAAGCCAAUGUUGGCAGGUCGGCAAUCGCCUCCCAAGCUCUUCGAUGAGCCACCUCCAACUCCAAUUGUAAUACCAACUCCAGCUCCUACUCCAGCUAGAGAGGAAGUUGAGGUCAAACCCGUGGCAGCCGCCAGUCAAAUUAAACGCAAGCCGGUGAAUCUCUUCAAUGACGAUGAGUUCAAUUCAUUUAUGUCCGAGAUUGUGGACAAGGUGCAGUCGAAGUCUGGCGGUAAUCAAACGCCAGCUAAAACGCUGGCUAAAGAACCAGCCAAGGUUAUAAAAGCUGCUCCAGUCGAGGUUCAACCCGUUGCUAAGGCCAGCAAGCUUAAUCUCUUCGAUGAUAGUCCACCAUUGAGUCCCAUUGUCACGCCGGUGCAUAAACCAACUCAGGCUGCGCCAACUCCAGCUAAAACGCUGCCCACAUCGCUGUUCGAUGACAAUCUCGACGAUGACGACGACUUUCUGAGCUCCUUCGCCUCCAGAGCGAAGCCAGCAUCUCAGGUAACUAGAACCUCGUUGUUCGACGAUGAUGACGACGAUGAUUUGGACAUCGAUGAUAUAUUUGCGAAGAAGCCAAAGGUGGCGUUGCCAGCCCAGAAGCCAAUAACAAAAACAUCGCUCUUUGACGACGAUAAGGAGGACAGUAUGAAGGAUAUUUUUGGUGCUAAGAAACAGGAUCCAAUGAAAUCACUGCAGAAGGAAGAACAGGUUGCAAUUCAACCCAAGGCGAUUCCGAAAACGUCCCUGUUUGACGAUGAAGAGGAGGAAAGCGAUGUUAAGGAUAUAUUUGGUGCAUCGAAACCUGCUAUACAGCCAGCUAUGCAACAGGUUAAAAAGACGGAACAAGAUGUUGUAAUCGCACCCAAAACUAUAGCAAAAACAGGGUUAUUCGAUGAUGAAGUGCAAGAUGACAAUGUCAAGGAUAUAUUUGGUGCUGCUGCAGAGCAAGUUAAGCAAGAAGAACAACACGUGAAACAGGAUGUCACAAUUCCACCCAAAACGAAAGCAAAAAUUGCGCUAUUUGACGAUGAUGAAGAGGAGGAUAAUGUAAAGGAUAUAUUUGGUACAAAAGCAACAGAACCGUCGGUUAAACAGCAGACGGAGAAAAAGGAGAAGGAUGUGGAAAUCCAAACUAAAGCGAUACCAAAAAGCUCACUAUUCGACGAUGGUGAUGAUGAGGAUAAUAUGAAAGAUAUAUUUGGCGGAAGUGCAGCAAAAACAACUUCACAGAAACAGCAAGUAACAAUUCAACCAAAAAUUGUUUCUAAGCCUUCGCUGUUUGAUGAUGAUGAUGAGAAGGAGGAGGACAAUGUCAAGGAUAUAUUUGGAGCUACAGCUAAGUCCGAGGAGCAGCGAAAGGAGCAAGAGCUGCCAUCUAGUGUACAGCACAAAAGUCUCUUUGAUGAUCUGGGCGAUGACGAUUUGUUCGGAACGCCAAAGUCCAACAAGAACGUAUUUGCCGCUGAUACAGAGAAGCGGAGUGAGAUUAUGGCAGUCAAAGAGGAACCUCCGGAAGACGAUGUGCUACCAGAAGUGCCCCAGAAGGAGCAUCCAGAAAUUGAAGCUGCGGAGACGUCAGAGACUAAAUUUAAGGAAAUUGCAAUUCCCAAAGCGGAUCUAUUCAGUGAUGACUUCAGCGAUGAGGAGCCCAUUACAAAGAUCGUAGAAGCCACUGCAACAAGUGAAAUUAUAAAUAAAUCCAAAGAGAUUAUAGAGAAUGCAGAGCCAACGAACAUUAAAGAAGACGUAGAAUUUAAGGAUCAAACUGAAGAGGAGCUGCUGCCAGAGGAUGUUGUCUUGGAUGACAUGCUUGGCAAAUUCGCCGACACACGGGAUGCUGUUCAAGCAGCUGAGUUGCUGCAGGAUCCGAUCAUCAGUGUGGUGGCCGAUGUCAGCAAUAAGAAGCCGAAUAAUGAAUCACAAAUGCCUCCUCCAAAGUCGUUAGACAUUGCAGCAGCACAGAAAAUCAUGCAAAACUAUUCAAGUCUGUUCUCAGAUGAGCCGCCGGAUGACAGCGAGUUCUUUCAAACGCUGGGCACCAGCAGCCUGAACAGCUUAAGUGCCUCCAAGAUGUUCGACAAUGAACACGACUUCUUUGAGCCCAGUCUGCCGGCGCUGCCCAAAUCAGCGGAGCAGCCUGUAGAGCAAUCGAAUAGUGAUUAUGGCGGCAUGCGUUUGUUUAGCGAUGUGCCACCCGAAGAUGAUGGCGAAGAGCAGCCUGCUAUUGCUCCUGUGCAACGACAGAGUGUGCCAAUUGCAGACGGCGUUGCCACCAAGCGAAUACACACCAUCUUCUACGAUGACUUCAGCGAAACUGCCAGGGCAACGCCCGAGAAGAAACUAGAGGUGCAGACUAAGCCAAGGACUGAGGAACAGUCUAAGACACAAGUUGAGAAACAAACUAAGACCCAAGUUGAGGAACAGUCUAAGCCAAAAGCUGAAUCUCAGCGAGAGACACAAACCAAGUCUCAAUCCACUAAGGAAUCCGCUGAUGUUGUGGACAGAAGUGUGCCCAGUAAUAGCUCCGACCUUAAGAAACCAACGUCCCCCGUUAAGAAAUUGCAAAUGCCCAACAUCAACAUCAAUGUGAAGGCGUUGCUGCCUGGCGCUGGAACGCUGCCCAAGUUACCCAAGAAGCAACAAGAAGAGCAAGUUAAAGAACAGACAAACAAUGAAGUUAAAGAUGAAACUAUAGAUCGCCCAAAGGAGCAAGCGAGGCACACUGUAGUGAAGAAACAGGAAAAGUCCAGCGCCAGCUCAGCGGAUGCAGAAAAUAUUUUGCAGUGCGUGGGCAAGACACGAGCUCGAGGUCCUGCGCGACGUCCCUCGACGCGGCGUGCGCGUCAAGAGAGCUAUGCCAAGUCGUUGCAGGAACAGCAUGAAGUAGAAACUGCACCUUCUUCCUCACCUUCAACCAACAUUCCCAGCCAACAAAACAGCUUGGAGCGUGAUGACAGCAUUGAUAAGUCCAAGUCAGCGGCUCCAGCUAAGCAGACUGCCUCAUUUCUGGAGAGCGACGACGAUGCCGACGAUGCGCUCUUUGGGGCGGUUAAGAAGUUGCCAGUAGUUGCGCCAGCUGCCACUCCGGUUGCUCUGCUGUCCACGCAACCGCCGGAGGAUGAGCACAAGCCAGUUGACAAGCCACACAAAGUGGCUGCUUCAUUUUUGGAUAGUGACGAUGAUGACAGCGGCUUUCUGUUUAGUCCACCGACUGCUACUCCAGCUGUCGCUUCCAACAUUGACGGCAAAUCCACAACUAAAUCCAGUGCCUUAAAGCAGGUCUCAUUCUUGGAUAGUGAUGAGGCGGAAAGAAAGGUGAAAGCAGCUACAGUUCCACCAAAGUCUGUUCAAGCUGCUGCUAAGGAUGUACCAUCUUCUACUCCAGUUACUGCUCCUGUUACUGCUCCAGUUUCAGUUACUAAUCCACUUUCUGUUCCAGCUGCUUCGUCAGUUGGUCCUACAGUUACAGUUCAAGCUCAGACUGUUCCAUCUGCUGCACCAACUGUUGCUCUGCCCAAGCAGCAACUGGCAGUAAAAGCAACAACUACUUCAGCUGCGCUGACAAACAGACCACCGACCAAUUUUAAAUCUUUCCUGGACAGCGAUGAUGAUGAUGAUACGCUUUUCAGUUCCUUGCCAAAGCCUGCAACUAUUCCUCCAGCUGCUGCUCCACAGGCAGCGAAAACUAAAAAAGCUGUAAAGAAAGUGGAGGAGAAACUCCAGAUGCCAACUGCCGCUUCAGUUGCUACACAGAAAUCAGAGCCACAAAAGCCAAAGGCCUCUAGCUCAAACAAGCUCUUUGAUGACAGCGAUGAUGAUGAGGAUCUGUUUGGCGGCGGCAACGCAAAAGCAGCAACAACUGUGCAGCCCACCAAAACGAAAGCUUCUUUAUUUGACAACAGCGACAGUGAGAAGGAGGCACCACCGAAAGCAUUGACAACCAAAGUCAAGUUGCCAACGAAGCCAAGCAAAAGUCUCUUUAGCGAUGAUGAGGACGAUGAUGAUCUGUUUGGCAGUGGAGCAGGAACAAAGCGAGCUGCUAUCCCCAGCCAAGCAAAGCCAGCACAAGUUGCAAAGCGUCAGCCACCCAAGACCAGCAACAAGCAAUCCAAGCCUGGCAAACAGCAGGCGAAGCCUUUGCCCAGCUCGGGAUCAGGAAAUUCAGACAAUCCUCUGGCGGAUCUGUUGGGUCCGUAGAAAAACAACGAAAAGUGCAACAUUUGAUUACAUUUUAUUACUAAAAGUAUGUAUUUACAGUUAUUAAUUUGUUGUUGUUGUAUCGUAAAAUAAACUAUGCUACAGAAACCAGUUUUGUUUUAAAAUUCGUUAACCUAAAAUUUUGCAGAGUUGCUAUUUAAUUACUUUCGCCAUUGCAAUCACUUGACUAAUUACCUCGAUUAAGCUAGUAAUUAAUAGUUUAAUUAUUCUUUUAAUUACUUAAGUAAUUGCAAAUGAUGGCAGCUGUGGUACAG